CCGGGCGCAGCGGUGUACUGCAUCCUUUAGUCGGCAUUGAAGUGCCCUGGUGCAGCAUGACGCUUAGACUCUUGGCUGAAGUGAGUCAACAGGACCUGCUGGUAGCUCUUUCAGAGCUCCAAAACCACCUGCUGGGUUACGCAUCCCCGACGCCAUCCAUCGCCGCGGUGGUGCCGCCACCCUCGCCGACAUUGUAGCCGACACCGAGAUACAUCCAGCAAAGGUCCCUGACCUCAAGCGCAUGAUGGAACUGCUCAGCACUUCGGGCAUCUUCACAGCCACCGCCGCAAAGGGCAGCGGUGGCAGCGGUGAUGUCGUGUACGGCCUAACGACGGCGUGCUACUUCCUUGUCGGUCGGUGCAACCUGUCACCUGUGGUGCCGUACUUGGUGAGCCCUCACAUCGUGUCCUCCUUCUUCGGCAUGUCUGACUGGUUCAGGAAGGAGCCGGCGGUCGCUGGCGGAUCCCUCUUCGAGCUGGCACACGGCUGCUCCCUGCAGGAGAUGGCGAGCAAGGACGCUGCGUUUAGCAGCCUCCUGAACGACUCCAUGGCAUCUGACAGCCAGCUCUUCCUAGAGGGGAACUGCUCUGAUUAGGAAGGAGAAGGAUCAAACACUGUUGCUGUACGAGGAUGUGAGCUGGGUCGGCAAGGGAAGGGGAACGAGUGCGGCGGAGACGAUGCCUUGUGAACGAGUGGAUGGGGUCCCGGACGCUUUUGGACUUGGAUAGAGCCUCCGUUGAUAUUUUUUGUUUUCCUUUUUUAUGAAUUCUUUUUUUUUGUUGAUUGGUCCCACAUGAACUAGUGCUCAGCCUGCCAGUACAGUACCCUAUAGGGCCUAUAUUUACCAUUAAUUUGGGAAAAAUUUUGAAUCAUAGAUGGGCUUUUAUUUUAAAACGGAGGGAGUAUGUAACAUUAGAUCCUAUAUUGCAUGCCUUGAAUCUAAGCACUAUAGAAAACAUUGGCGCGGCUUUGCCGCGCUCGUGGAGCUAGCCAGCUUUGAUUUUUUAUGUCAAUAAAUUAUGGUAUUGAUAAGUUCGCGCA